AUGGCGCCCGCCACGAUGCUCGUCCGCUCGACCCUCCCGCGCGCGACCUCGCGUGUCGUCGCCGGCAGCAGCAUCCUCGCGCAGACGGCCGCCCGCGGCUACGCCACGCCCAGCGGUCCUCCUCCCGCCAACUUCCGCACGGGUACAAAGGUCGAAUGGGCGUGGGAGAAGGAUACCACGCUGGACAGACUGGGAAAGUACUUUCUCAUGACCGAGAUGGCGAGGGGCAUGUACGUGCUCAUGGAGCAGUUCUUCCGACCACCAUAUACCAUAUACUACCCCUUCGAGAAGGGUCCGAUCUCACCCCGUUUCCGCGGUGAACACGCCCUGCGCCGAUACCCCUCUGGCGAGGAGCGCUGCAUCGCCUGCAAGCUCUGCGAAGCUGUUUGCCCGGCCCAAGCCAUCACAAUCGAAGCCGAAGAGCGCGCUGACGGAUCCCGCCGCACAACCCGCUACGACAUUGACAUGACCAAGUGCAUCUACUGCGGCUUCUGCCAGGAAUCCUGCCCCGUUGACGCCAUUGUCGAGUCACCAAACGCCGAAUACGCCACCGAGACGAGGGAGGAGCUUUUGUACAACAAGGAGAAGCUGUUGAGUAACGGAGACAAGUGGGAGCCCGAGUUGGCCGCUGUCAUCCGCGCCGAUGCGCCGUACCGAUAA